AUGACUCCCAUGGCGGACAAUGACAAUGGCAACGACUGGUCCCUCCUUGCACACAUUCAAGAGUACAAGUCCCUCACUGCGCUUUCUCUCUCCAAGUUUGAUUCUCCUCCAUGGUUUCACCAUAGUGAUAGUUCCAAGGAGGGAGAGAACCUGCAAUUGCGCCUCCUCUUCUUUCGGUGCAAGCAUCUCUUGGAAUAUCCUAUCCUCCCUCUGUUUAUGUUUGAUAAGAAUCCAAAGAGGCAUAGGGAUAAUCACCCCCAGAUGGAGAAGCUGAUGGAAGGGUUCAUUGAUAUUAUCGAGGCAUUUGAGUUUGAGUGGAGAGAUGCCCCAGGGGAUCCCCUUGCUGAAUUAGUGCAUUUGAAUGAGCAAGGGAUUAUUGAUGCGGUGAUGACUGACAAUGUGGCCAUCUGGGUGUUUGGCACAAAGACUGUUUGGAGGAACCCUUCGUCCUCUCAUCUGAAAGCGAAGCCUUUGGAGAAACAGAACCUGUGCAAGUUCUAUGAUGGUACUGUUAUGGACAAGCACUGUUCCAUGAUGCUUAUGAUUCUACUCUGCCAUCACGGUCAUUGGUGUGAUGCAGGAACCUUGUUACGUCUGGCUAAGACUGACUUGACAGAGGAGAUCUACCGUGAAGUGACUGCUCACCUGAGCAAGGACUUGAAGAAAUUCUUGCCUGAAUGGCAUACUCGACUUGGUCCACAUCUAAAAGACACUUCCUACCAUGUUCUAAAAGACUUCCCGGACUUGUCCCUUCUCACAACCCUCAUUCAUCCAUGCAUUUCAGCCCAGCCAGCUGAAACAUACCCUCCCAGGAUAUGGAUGGACAAAGAACCAUCCCUCCCCAAGCUCGCACGUAUCUGCAAAAAGUACUUCGAGUGGGGCUGGAAGGAUAGAAUCCUGGUGAGGUUCCACAGCACUAUCUGGGGGUCCAUCGCUCUGCGGAUUCUGCGACAAAAAUAUCUUUGUCCCUCCCUUUUGGAUAACGAGAUAUUCAGGCAUUUUGGAGGGGACAGUGAGGCUGGGAGAGUGGUAGAUAGGAUUGUGGGUGAGAGGAGUCAUGAUUUGAAUGAUGGGACGUGCGAGUAUCGAGUUGUAGUUGAUAUGAGGAUGUUGAUAGCUUGGACAGAGGCUGGGUUGGAGGGGAUGAGAGAGGGGAAAGGGAGGGAUGGGGAGGAGGAGGUUGAUGGUGGAGAAGAGGUGUCUAAGCAAGAAAAAGGUGGAAAGAAGAAGAGGAUACAUCCACAACAACCCUUGCGCAUUUGGAUACCUGAAAUAAUGGUACAGCACGCGGAUGUGGGAUUGGUGAAGGAAUAUGAAAAGGACUCGUCUCCCAGGAAGGUUAGGAUGGAAAAGUCAGAGGGGCGGCCGUUACUCUCAUUUGCUAAGACUCGGAAGGAGUCUUCUCAGUCGAAAGGAGGACCCUCUCAGGCUGAGGGGGAAAGCACUCGUUCGACUCCGAGUCGCAAGUCUUUAUUGCAGGGGAUGAAGAAGAAAUAG